AUGGACGCAUCGUCGCACGCAACAGCCCAACUCCUCACAGAGUGUCGGAAAGCUGCAAAGGAGGCGAAAUGGGAUAGCGCAUUGAAGCUCAUAGAACGAGCCUUGCGGGCCUGUGGCUCGACGGACUCCAGAACCCGAAUCACCAUUCUCGACACUCGUGUAGCUGUGCGUCUACGUAUGAGCAUGCCAGCUCUAGCGUUGCAAGAUGCCAAAGGAAUGAUUCGCAGCGACAAAAGCGAUGGGCGUGGUUACGUCCGCUGUGGCCAAAUCGAACAGGAACAAGGCAAUGCACCUGCUGCCCUGAAAUGGUACGAGCAGGGACUCAAGCAUGUGCAACCAACGAGUCAGUAUUUUGCAACUAUUUCUGCGGAAGCAAGCAAGGCUCAAGAACGAAUUCGCGUCGAAACCAUGAAUUCCAAGCCGAUCGACCCAAUGCAAACUCUACCACUCGAGCUCGCUGAGAGGGUCCUAUCCUUUGUCUCGUACAAGCAGCAUGUAAGGAUGCUGCGCGUGUGCAAGGGAUGGGACAAACUUCUACGAAGCCUACGUCCCCUGACUGACACAUUGGCCUUUCCGAGUCCCAGUAGGGACAUCAACUCAAAAAUGCUCCACGCGGCUCUAAGACGGCUCAAACGUCCUACUGCUAUCCACAUCUCACGUUUACAGCCAGCAGCGUCUGAAGUCCUGGGCGAUCGUAUGCAAUACUGGCAGAAUUGGCAGCGUCUAGCAGUUCUUGAGGUGCAUGACCGACGGUUUGCGUCUUGGAACCUACCGCUUCCCAAGUUCGACCUUAGGACCAUCAAGCUCCAGGAUCACAAUGCAAUACCCUUUUCAGCCGUCCAGCAGAUCCUUCGAGACUGUACCCAUCUGGAAACAGCAAUGUUUUCGAAGGUUGCGUAUGAGCGUUCGCUUGCGUGGGAGAACCCUCCGACGUUGCACGGGCCGGAAUUGCGAUCGUUGCAGAUUUCCGUGGCAACUUCAACAGCUGCGACUAUCCUUGUCAAUCUCUCUACGAUGUUCGCUCGCAUGUCACGACUCGAAAGCCUGCAGUUAGAGAAUAUUGACGGCGGACGCUCAGUUCUUGAACUUCGACACAUAGAAAACCUUCGGCAUCUGACAUUGACAGGAUUGUCUGUUGGGGAGAUUCGCCUCCCUCCUUCACUCGAAUCGUUAGAGUUGUACCACUCAGCCGCGCACCCAGGAGACCACACCGACCCAUUUUCCUCGACUCGUCUCCCCCACCUCGGAAUAUUCUCCGUGGUAGAUUGCAGCGGCUUGCCACGGCUCUUGUCCAAAGCGAUUGCGGCGGAGAAUAUCGUCCAACUCACCUGGGUGUUUGCAAGAGAGUCGGAGGAAGGGCGCUUUCUGAAGGACCUUGUUGAUCAAGGAAGGCUCAAGGGUGUUCGGGACCUCCACUUGAAGAUUGAGGAUCUCUGCGACAGCCGAAGUUCUACCUUCGUGAGGGGCCUGCCUAAGUUGGAAACACUGUGUGUCGAAGAGGCUAUGAUCACGGGGGCUUUCAUUUCAGAUCUGAUCGAAGGCAAUGGCAAACUCCGCAAGGCGACUCUGAUCCAGUGCCCAAAGGUCUCGGGCGACAUCGUACCAUGGUCGAAAGCAAGAGGCGUGCAGGUUGAACGGGUGAACAGUAUCAAUGCCAGCGGGAGGCGCGUAGUUGAAGAAACGCGAUGA